ACCCCAUCUUUUUUUUUCUCAGAAAGGUAUAUUGGGUUCGGAUCCGAACUAACCCGAAUUAUCACGUCCCAGUGACCCUAUCCACGCGAAAUCGCGCAUUCCUCCUACCCUUCAAACUUAUAGGCAAGGGAACAAGAGGAUCGAUCACAUCGUAUUUAUCAAUCUUCUGUUUAUCCUUAUUAAGAAAAAUUAAGAACAGAGAAGAAGAUGGAUAGGGGCAAAGCAGUAAUGGGAUCAGGUCGUAGAUGGGCUGUUGAUUUUAACGACCAUUCAGUCACUCCCUCGUCUCGCGAUAUCCCUGACCCUCCUGGCUUUACUCGCGCUUCUCAAGAUCAGGAUGACUCGUCGUUGAGUCGUCAAAAGAAGGAUGCAGAAGCUAAUUGGAAAGCCCAGAAAGCUUGGGAAGUGGCACAAGCUCCAUUCAGGAAUUUGCUGAUGAUGGGGUUCAUGAUGUGGAUGGCUGGAAGUACGGUGCAUCUUUUCAGCAUUGGCAUUACAUUUUCGGCUCUUUGGCAGCCAAUAAGUGCGCUUCAAGGUGUUGGGAAGGUGUUUGAGCCAUACAAAGAUAAUAAAGUUGAUCUUCUUGCACCUAAGUUGCUCUUCAUUGCCCUUAAUUUGGGCGGUUUAGCUCUGGGGGUUUGGAAGCUUAACACUUUGGGCCUUCUUCCAACACAUGCAUCAGACUGGGUGUCGUCCUUAUCCCCCUGCUCAGGAGGUGGAAUAUUCAGGUGGGGGAAUUCCUCUACAUUAGUUAGGUUGCUUAAUGUUGUCUGAAGGCCUUUGAAGCUGAAGGUAAUUACAGAGCUAGAUGGAACUUGCUUUUCUUGUCUGAUUGGAUUGUUAUAUUAUAUCGUGGGGUUUUAGGCAUGUAACUAUGCACACCAGUAGAUUUUAUUUUUUUCUUUUUGAUCUCAUGAACCCUGUAGCAUGUGAGUAAAAUCUACAUGGGCAUUAGUACCUCACGUUACCUACUUUGGAGGUUAACAAUGAUUUUGUGAAUUCCUAUAUUUCUCUGUUUUGUCAAAAGCAUGCCUAUGUUUCUCCUGGUAA